CUCCUGUAGGUCGUAGGUUGAGCUGCAUGCUUGCGCACCACCAUACAUGCCAUACAUCCAAACAACUGUAACGUCUCAGCCUGACCGAUAGCCGAUUGGCCAACAGCGCAACGACUAUAGUCAAGUCUCACGCUCGCUUUCUGUCUCGUCGCCCUUCGCCAUCCCAGAUCAGCGAACACCGGUCCUUUCGACACAUUCGUCAUCGCCCGAGAUCAGCAUUCGCAAAGGCCUAAAAACCACAAGAUCGACUGAGGUUCACGACCGGGAUUGCAAGGAUGGAGGUUGCACAGAAGAGCUUUGAGAUCGAGAACGAUGUUCAGACUCUAUCAGCCGCGGACGAGCUCUACAAGUAUGAUCGAGCUGAACAGAUGGAUCUGCUGAACAAGGAGCCGUGGAAGAAGGACCCGGCGUAUUUCAAGGAAGUCAAGAUCUCGGCAGUUGCUCUCAUCAAAAUGGUCAUCCACGCCCGGUCCGGAGGUCAAUACGAGAUCAUGGGCCUGAUGAUCGGCAAGAUCAAGGAUCGAUCGUUCAUCGUCAUGGAUUCCUUCGCCUUGCCCGUCCAGGGUACCGAAACCCGUGUCAACGCCGGAGACGCGGCGAUGGAGUACAUGGUCAAUUUCAAGGACGGAAACGAGGAGAUUGGGAAGAACGAGUUGGUGGUUGGAUGGUAUCACAGUCAUCCGGGGUAUGGAUGCUGGUUAUCGGGAAUCGAUGUCAACACGCAGUCGACAAAUCAGGCGUUCAAUGAUCCGUAUCUGGCUGUCGUUAUCGACCCGAACAGGACCGUUUCCGCAGGCAAAGUCGAGAUCGGAGCGUUCAGGACUUACCCAGAGGGUUACACCCCGCCCAAUGCUGCCGCCAGCGACUACCAAUCCAUCCCUCUCGACAAGAUCGAAGACUUCGGUGUCCACGCCAACUCGUAUUAUCAGCUCAAGGUGUCCAUCUUCAAAUCUAGCUUGGAUACCAAGUUAUUGGAUCUGUUGUGGAACAAGUAUUGGGUCAACACUCUGAGCCAGAGCCAGAUCGUCACCUCCCGCGAGUACACGUUGGAUCAGGUCAAGGAUUUGAACGCCAAGUUGACCCGGAUCGGAGGUUCGAUCGGACAACCUCGAAACGACUUGUAUUCUAGCGUGACCCACAAGCCGAUCGAGAACAAUGACAAGGCCCCGGUCAAGGGCAAGGUCAAGUCGGAUGUUCAGGAAGCAGAGAGUUCCGCAGGAAGCGCGACGAGGAGCACUAAGGCGAAGGGGAAAGACGAGGAAGAACCGGUCGAAAGCGGGCCUGGAAAGGAUAUCAGGUGGGAAGUCAAGGAAACGCAGUUGAGCACGACGGCCAAGGACGGAGUGAGGAUCACAGCGGAAGCUCAGCAUGGGAUAAUCUCCCAAAUCCUCAAGGAUAGGCUGUUCAACGCUGGAUCGGCCGUGACGGGGUCGAACGAUCCGAUCGUGCCCGAAAGGGUCGGACAGUCCGCUUCCGGUUGAGGCGGGACGUAGUGCUAGACGGAUCCAGACGAGGGAGCAUGAGUUGAGAUCGGAAUUUUGUUGUAACGCCUUACUUACGACCCACUAUAUCACGAUAAGAGUAUUUACGACGAUUAGAAUCUCAUCCGAGCGGGUCCAUCGGUGGCGCAAUCGCGCUGAGUGAUGGAAGUCUUACGACUGUAAU